UUAUUCACCUCGGAGGAAGACGCCAAACUCUGGGCUAAAGACAGACAUAAAAAAGAUACACAUAAUAUGAUUGAAAGACGAAGAAGGUUCAAUAUAAAUGAUAGAAUUAAAGAACUGGGAACACUUUUACCGAAAUCUACAGAUCCUGACAUGCGACAGAAUAAAGGAACGAUAUUAAAAGCGUCAGUAGAUUAUAUACGAAGAUUAAAACGAGACCAAGAUAAGAUGAGACAUGCUGAGGAGAAAAACAGACAACUCGAGGCUCAAAAUAGAAAAUUAUUACUCAGAAUGCAG